AAUUUGUUUUCGUUUAUUUUUUAUUUUAUUUGUAAGAAUAAUUCUUUCCAAUUACCAUGGAAGAAUCAAGAGAGCAGCAAAUAAUUCGACUGCACCACAACUUGUUGAAAGAUGAAGAAACUCCUUCUAAACAAGCGGAUGUUAGAAGAAAAGCUACAUCUCAUUUUGUAAAAGCCUCUUGUAAAAUUUCCGAUAACGAAAACACAGUUGUGUUUUUGGAAAACAAACUUAAAUUAUAUUCAAAUGAAGCUCAUAUUCAAGAAAAUGUAUACAACGAUAAGCUAAAAGCCCUUCUUUCCAAUUCAAAUAAUGUAGAUAAUAAUUUAAAAGUAGAUCAAUCGAAUUUGAACGAAAUUAAUCCAAAACAGUACUUAAAACCAUUGUCUUGUGCAAACAAUCGGAACUUUUGUCCCUUAACUGAGAAUUUUAGUAACGGGGAAUUCGAGGAAUUCAUCGCAAACAUUAGAAAGAUUAGCAAAUCAGAGUUGAAUUCUUCCAAUUCAUUUCAUACAGUGGAAAUUACUAAAACCAACCCAAAGAAGGAGGAAAGUAGAUUACUGAAUAACAAAAAAACUGAUGAAAGUUUUACGCUCAGUGGAUUUAAGACUGCUAGGGAAGCACUUAACGUUCAAAACGCACAAAAAUUUGGUGGUCAAUCUAACGAAGAUUCGAGUAAUUCUUCCAAGAAACGAACCUUGGGCAAUCUGGGAAUUAGAAGAAAAAUCAAUCAGAAAUUUAUACCUCCAAUAAGAUCAAAUAGUGGAAGCUGCGACGAAAAGCUUCCUGCUGCUGUGGAUGAAAGUCUGAAGAACAUUGAUCCGAAAAUGGUAACACUUAUAAAAUCGGAAAUAAUGGACUGCAAAACGGAUUUAAUGUGGGAUGAUAUAGCUGGAUUGGCGUUCGCAAAAAAUGCAAUUCAAGAAGCAGUUGUAUGGCCUAUGUUAAGGCCUGACAUUUUUACAGGUUUGAGACGGCCCCCGAAAGGUAUUUUGCUGUUCGGACCACCCGGAACAGGAAAGACCUUAAUAGGAAAAUGUGUAGCUUCCCAAAGUAAAUCAACUUUCUUUAGUAUUAGCGCUUCAUCUCUAACGUCAAAAUGGGUAGGCGACGGAGAAAAAAUGGUCAGAGCUUUAUUUGCUGUAGCUCGAGUACAUCAGCCUGCUGUGAUUUUCAUCGAUGAAGUAGAUUCGCUGUUAUCCCAAAGGUCUGAUACUGAACACGAGAGCUCUCGACGAAUAAAAACCGAGUUUUUAGUUCAAUUAGACGGAGCAACAACUGAUUCUGAUGAAAGGUUGCUCGUUAUAGGUGCAACUAAUAGGCCUCAGGAAUUAGAUGAAGCUGCUCGAAGGCGUUUUGUCAAAAGACUGUAUAUUCCUUUACCGGAUUAUGAGGCUAGACUACAAUUGGUUCAAAAAUUAAUCUGUAAUGAAAGCCACGGUCUCAAAGACGAAGAUAUUCAACGAAUUUCCUCACUGUCUGAUGGAUUCUCUGGAGCAGAUAUUAAAAAUUUAUGUUCCGAGGCUUCUUUGGGACCGAUUCGUUCAAUUGAUUUUAAUCUUAUUGCCCAUAUACAAGCUAGUGAUGUCAGGCCUUUGCUUAUGGAGGAUUUCGAAAAAGCCUUCAACAGAGUUAAGUCUAGCGUUUGUCCCAAUGAUUUGGAGCAGUACAUUUCAUGGGAUAAAAUUUACGGAUCUGGUUUUUAAUAGUUCUUUGUUUGAG